UGCAUGUCGGUGUGAAUGAUUUCAGAGGACUGCCAGGGUUGAUAGAAACAUGUGGUUGUAUACCUGUUCAUAGAUGUUUUGUUUGAGGUCUCAGGUGCGUGUGUUAAUCUGUAUGUUUUUCCUUACAAAGAACCAACCCUGAAUUUUCAUAGUGCAUGGUUUUACUUUCAUUUUUUGCUGUUUUUGGACACAGGUGGUUUGGGGCCAUGCAUGUGGGAAGCUAUACAUGGCCAACGUUUCUCACUUUGUGAAAGUGGUGGCACUGCCUCAUUUCUCCUUGAGUCUCUGUCACUUUCUGUGAGUGCAGUUAAUACAGAAGCACUCACGCCACCUGCCUUCUCUUGUGUGCUUUACUACUGUCUGUGUGUUUGAGUGGUGGGGAUUUGGGGGGACGGAGGCCAGUUGACAUGAUUAUGACACAUUUUUAAAUCACUUGUGAUUUUUUUAUUAUUAUUUUUUAAACUUAUUGUGAUUUGUGUAAAAGUGUGUGUGUGUGUGUGUGUGUGUGUGUGUGUGUGUGUGUGUGUGUGUGUGUGUGUGUGUGUGUGUGUGUGUGGGGACCAAAUGUCCCCAUAAGGAUAGUAAAACCCGAAAUUUUUGACCUUGUGGGGACAUUUUGUCGGUCCCCAUGAGGAAAACAGCUUAUAAAUCAUACUAAAUUAUGUUUUUUGAAAAUGUAAAAAUGCAGAAAGUUUUCUGUGAGGGUUAGGUUUAGGGGUAGGGUUAGGUUUAGGGGAUAGAAUAUAAAGUUUGUACAGUAUAAAAACCAUUAUGUCUAUGGAAAGUCCCCAUAAAACAUGGAAACACAACAUGUGUGUGUGUGUGUGUGUGUGUGUGUGUGUGUGUGUGUGUGUGUGUGUGUGUGUGUGUGUGUGUGUGUGAGAGAGAGUUAUACUUGUCUUCAUGACUGGUGUUGUGUUUUUAGUGUCUGUUUAGAUUUAGCAUGAAGAGAAAGUCAGUAUUUUUUGGGUUAAGUUGUGAAAGUUAAUGUAAUAACAGCUAGCACCCUCUGCUGGACCUCCUGCUUUACAAUGAGCUAAAGAGAGAGAGAGAGAGAGAGAGAGAGUGUGAGCAAGGGAGAGAGAAAAAAAAACGAGUCCGGAUUUUAACGACAUCUCUAAUAUUCAUGCUGAUGCGUUUUGCUGCUUUGUGCUUUCAUUUCUCGCUGUUCGCCCGUGUCUCCCGCUCACCACACACACCCCAGCCUGAGCGAGGGGAGGGGAAUGAGGGGAAAGGAAGGGGAAAAAACCAAGUGGAAAUAAGGAAAACAAGCUACAGAACGUCCAACUGAGCCAGUACAAAAACCUUUUGUUUUACAAAGCAGGGUUAGCAAUCCUACCUUCGUCUGGGAUGUGAAAGGAGGAAGAGGAACAAGAAGUCUGUUGGUGUAUGCGAGCGUAUGUGCAAGAAAGAGGACGAGAAAAUCAGAAGAGCGAGCACAGUUGUUCUCGGACAGACGGCCGGACGGUCGGAGGGAAUCAAUGAGAAAGAGAGAGAGAGAGGGAAAAGAAUAGACACAGCCAAGCUGAGUGUAGCAGAAUGAGAGGAUCUCUUACGAGUGUGGCUGCUUUAUCCGUCUCUUCCUCAUUCCCUCGUUUUCCGUGAAGUGCGGCUCCAUGCAGCCCGGCCAGGGGAGGAGGAGGAGGAGGUGAACAGGGCUUCUUCAGCCACGGACCUGCCGGGGGAGGGAGGGAGAGAGGAAAAGUGAGAGAGAGAGAGAGAGAAAGAGAGAGAGAGAGCGAAACGGCGAAAAGGCAAGGCUUUUGUUGGCGGUUGGAGAGAGGGAAGAGGGGGAAAGAAGAAAAGAAAAAAUAUGUCUACGGUGAAGAGGCCAAGAGGACGGCCUCCUAAGAACACUAAUGGUCCCAGCAGUCAGGCGCGGGUGCUCAGCCCACCAGUGAAGAGUAGCUCCUCUUCUUCCUCUUCAUCGUCCUCAUACGUAUCCUUGUCAGAGAAAAGGGUGCAAAAGCGACAGCAGCAGCAGCAGCAGCAGCAGAUGGAGGUGUCCAUCUUGGAAGAUAAACAACAGAAGGCUAAUCGAAUCAUCUCAGAGGCCAUCGCUAAAGCGCGAGAGAGAGGAGAGAAAAAUAUCCCACGUGUCAUGAGUCCCGAGAGCUUCCCAUCUUCAUCGUCACAACAUCGUCACAGGGCAGGUGCCUCCAAGUCCAAAGGCAAGAAUAAGAGGUCCAAGAAUGCCCGGAUUGUGUCGUCCUCCAAGCCCAAACAAAAGGCUCAAAUUGGGAAAAUCGUUAUAAAGUUUGGAAAGAAGAAGCGAAAGAAGGCCGAGUCCUCAGAAGAACUCUCUGAUGACGACAGGCCACCUCGACGAUCCUCUAAAGAUGACGAUUCUAAACGGCGUUCUAACCGGAAGGUUAAGAGGAAGAAGUACGAGGAAGACGGUGAGGCUCGACUGUCUGAGGAAGAAAUGAAGGUUGUUGUCAAAGCCAAAAAGAGCAACUCCAAUUCUCAUAAAGAGCCUGCAGUACAACUGUUUGUGGAGAACCCAAGUGAGGAAGACGCUGCAGUGGUUGAUAAAAUCAUGGCAUCUCGUGUGGUGAAAAAAGAGGUUUCACCUGGAGUAUUGGUGGAAAUUGAGGAGUACUAUGUCAAAUACAAAAACUACUCGUAUCUUCAUUGUGAGUGGGCGACAGAUCAACAGUUAGUGAAAGACAAGAGGAUCCAGCAAAAAAUCAAACGCUUCAAGAUCAAACAGGCUCAGAAAGCACACUUCUUUGCUGAUAUUGAGGAGGAUCCAUUCAAUCCUGACUACGUUGAAGUAGACCGAGUAUUAGAAGUCUCGUACUGUCAGGACAAGGACACUGGAGAGCCGGUUGUGUAUUAUUUAGUAAAGUGGUGCUCGUUGCCAUAUGAGGAUAGCACGUGGGAGCUGAAGGAAGAUGUGGACCAGACUAAGAUUGAGGAGUUCAAGCAGCUGCAGGCAAUAAAACCACACACCAACAGAAUGGAGCGUCCUCCGGCGAGUCACUGGAAGAAACGGGAGCAAUCGCGAGAGUAUUGUAAUGGCAACAGUCUCAGGGAUUACCAGCUGGAGGGGGUCAACUGGUUGCUUUUCAACUGGUACAACAGGCGUAAUUGUAUUCUGGCUGAUGAGAUGGGUCUGGGUAAGACCAUCCAGUCCAUCACGUUUCUUGAUGAGAUCUAUCGUAUAGGCAUCAAGGGACCGUUCCUCAUCAUCGCCCCGCUCUCCACCAUCGCUAACUGGGAGAGAGAGUUCAGAACCUGGACGCACCUCAACGUGAUCGUGUACCACGGCAGUGUGGUAAGCAGACAGAUGCUCCAGCAGUAUGAGAUGUACUUCAGAGAUGCUCAGGGUCGUGCGAUAAGAGGUGCUUACCGGUUUCAGGCAGUCAUUAUCACAUUUGAGAUGAUUUUGGGAGGCUGUCCAGAACUUAACGCAAUAGACUGGCGGUGUGUCAUCAUUGACGAAGCUCAUCGGCUCAAAAAUAAGAACUGCAAGCUACUGGAGGGCUUUAAACUGAUGAGUCUGGAACAUAAGGUGUUGUUGACGGGCACUCCCCUACAGAACACUGUAGAGGAGCUCUUCAGUCUGCUGCAUUUCCUGGAGCCCACCCGCUUCCCUUUUGAAAACACCUUCAUGCAGGAGUUUGGAGACCUUAAGACUGAGGAGCAGGUCCAGAAGCUCCAAGCCAUCCUGAAGCCGAUGAUGCUACGUCGUCUCAAGGAAGACGUGGAGAAGAAGUUGGCCCCUAAAGAGGAGACCAUCAUCGAAGUGGAGCUUACCAACAUCCAGAAGAAAUACUACCGCGCCAUACUGGAGAAGAAUUUCUCAUUCCUGGCUAAAGGUGCUGGCCAAGCCAAUGUCCCCAACCUGCUCAAUACCAUGAUGGAACUGCGGAAAUGCUGCAACCAUCCCUACCUCAUCAAAGGGGCUGAGGAGAAGAUCAUGGAGGAUUUCAAAGAGGUGUACAGCCCCGCCACAUUCGAUUUCCACCUGCAGGCCAUGAUUCAGUCUGCAGGUAAACUCGUUCUCAUUGACAAGCUGCUGCCCAAGAUGAAGGCCGGUGGACACAAAGUGCUCAUAUUCUCUCAGAUGGUGCGCUGCCUCGACAUCCUGGAAGACUACCUCAUCCAGAGAAGAUACCUCUACGAGCGGAUAGACGGGCGUGUACGUGGGAACCUUCGGCAAGCUGCAAUAGACCGCUUCAGUAAACCCGACUCCGAUCGAUUCGUCUUCCUGCUGUGUACACGAGCAGGUGGACUCGGAAUUAACCUCACAGCUGCCGACACCUGUAUCAUCUUUGACUCUGACUGGAACCCACAGAACGACCUGCAGGCUCAGGCUCGCUGCCACAGGAUUGGUCAGAAUAAAGCGGUGAAGGUGUAUCGACUAAUCACGCGUAACUCAUAUGAGCGAGAGAUGUUUGAUAGAGCCAGCCUCAAGCUGGGAUUGGAUAAAGCUGUGCUUCAGAGCAUGAGUGGGCGGGACAACAGUCUUGGGGGAGGAGGACAGAUCCAGCAGCAGCUGUCCAAGAAGGAGAUCGAGGAUCUUUUGCGUCGUGGAGCUUAUGGUGCCAUCAUGGAUGAGGAAGACGAGGGGGCUAAAUUUUGUGAAGAGGACAUAGACCAAAUCUUGCAACGCAGAACCAAGACCAUCACCAUUGAAUCUGAGGGUCGAGGCUCCACCUUUGCCAAGGCCAGUUUUGUAGCUUCAGGGAACAGAACAGACAUCACUCUGGACGACCCUAACUUCUGGGACAAGUGGGCCAAGAAAGCAGAGAUUGACUUGGAUACAGUCAAUGGCAGAAACAGUCUGGUUAUUGACACCCCUCGAGUCAGGAAACAGACCCGGCCAUUCAGCGCAACUAAAGAUGAGCUGGCCGAGCUCUCUGAAGGGGAGAGUAGUGGAGAGGACAAACCCAAACUCCGCCGGCCACAUGACCGGCUCAACAGCUACGGCCGCACAGAGUGCUUCAGGGUUGAGAAGAAUCUGCUGGUAUACGGGUGGGGCCGCUGGAAGGACAUUCUGGCACAUGGCCGCUUUAAACGGCAGCUGAGUGAGCGUGAUGUGGAGAGUAUAUGCAGGGCACUGUUAGCAUACUGCCUUGUUCAUUACCGUGGAGACGACAAAAUUAAGAGCUUCAUGUGGGAUCUGAUCGCCCCCACGGAGGACGGCAGGACCAAGGAACUGCAGAACCAUCUGGGUUUGUCGACUCCAGUACCACGAGGCAGGAAAGGAAAGAAGAUGAAGAUUCAGUCUAGCUCGUUUGAUAUCCAGAAGGCAGAGUGGAUCCGAAAACACAAUCCAGAGCACAUGCUGUCUGAUGAUGGCUACAAAAAACAUCUGAAACACCACUGCAACAAGGUGCUGUUGAGGGUCAGAAUGCUGUACUAUCUCAAACAGGAGUUGAUUGGAGCACAGUGCCAAAAAGUGCUGGACGGAGCUGAAGCCAGUGAGAUUGAGAUCUGGGUUCCUGAGCCGGAUCAUUCAGAGUUGCCUGCUCUGUGGUGGGAAACUCUCUCAGACAAGUGUCUGCUGUUAGGAGUCUAUAAGCAUGGUUAUGAGAAGUACAACACUAUUAGAGCAGAUCCAGCACUGUGUUUCUUAGAAAGGGUUGGUCGGCCAGACGAGAAGGCCAUUGCUGCUGAACAGAGAGCAAACGACUUUAUGGAUGGGGAUGUGGAUGACCCUGAAUACAAACCUGCUCCAGCUUUGCUCAAGGACGAUAUGGAGGAUGAUGGAUCCUCGCCAGGAGACUUGGUCAUCACUGAUGCAGGUGGAGAAGGAGGGUCUGUAUUAGAUGGUGGAGGUGGUAAUCUAGGUGUUAGUGCGGGGGUGUACUGGCCCUCACCCUCUGCACUGACGGCCCGGCUGCGGCGUCUGAUCACUGCAUCUCAGCGCUUCACCAAGAGCAGACAGAUACUUCAGAUCCACCAGACACAGCAGGCCACGACCCCUGCCCCCUACACUCUGUCCCCCACACUCAGCGAAACACUCAACCCCAAAAUGGUUGCUAAGAUUGAAAGACAACAACGGUGGACACGGAGAGAGGAGGCAGAUUUUUAUCGUGUGGUUUCGACAUUUGGGGUAGUGUUUGACCCAGACUUGGUUCGUUUUGACUGGACCAAGUUUAGAGCCAUGGCUCGACUGCACAAGAAAACUGACGAGAGUCUACAUAAGUACCUGUGUGCCUUUAUUUCCAUGUGCAGGAGGGUCUGCCAUCUCCCUGCUAGAGAAGGAGACGUUGUGGACUCCUCUCUUGCCAUUCAACCAAUCACAGAGGAGCGUGCAUCCCGUACCUUAUACCGUGUGGAGCUGCUACGAAAGAUAAGAGAACAGGUGUUACGUCAUCCUCAGCUCUAUGAGCGUCUGGCACUCUGCCAGACGGGACCAGAUCUUCCAGUGUGGUGGGAACCAGGAUCCCAUGACCGGGAUCUCCUUCUUGGGGCAGCCAAGCAUGGAGUCAGCCGAACAGACUACCACAUCCUCCGAGACCCAGAGCUCUGCUUCAUGGCAGCCCAGAGGAACUACAGCCAAAACAAGGGAUCUGUAGCACAAGUCCAAGCCCAGAAUCAGAUACUUUCACUGGGACAGUCUCACGUCCCAACCCCCCUCCAGCACAUUCAGUUUAAAGAGGCUUCAGGUUUACCUCUCUUUAAUCAAAGAGAGGAUUUAACUGGACUGAAGGAGGAGCCACUUUCAGAGCGAGAAGAGGAAGGUGGCGAGAGAGAGCCCAAGAUGGAAACACCCUCUAUCAGACCUCCCACACCUUCAGGAGUGGAAGAGAAAGAUGAUGUCAAUGAUAAAAGAGGAGAGAAUGAGAGGCGGAUGGUUGCGGCCAGGACAAAACCGCUUACGCCAAACUCGGUGACUCGAAAACAAAAGAAGCUAAGUAAACGGAGCCGUAAGGAAGCCAGGAGGGGGUCGAGAUCAGACUCAAACUCAGAUGGCUCCUCGUCCAGUUCUUCAUCAAGUUCUUCAUCAAGAUCUUCUUCCUCAUCCUCGUCUUCGUCCCGGUCAGGAUCCAGUUCCUCAUCCUCGUCUUCCUCCUGUUCUUCAGGCUCGUCAUCUUCAUCGUCAUCAACGUCUUCAGAGGACAGUGACGGUGAGGAGGUUUCAAAGAAUGUGUCAGCAGUGCCUGGUGUUAAAGGCUUUGAUGAAGACAGUGUGGCCUCAGUCAAUACUACACAAGAUGACAUGCAGGACAGCCAUGUGACCAAUGGUAUCUCUUAUCCUCCCCACCCUUUCCAGGGAGGCUACAUGCUUGCUGCCUCCUACUGGCCAAAAGACCGUGUCAUGAUAAACCGUUUGGACAGUAUAUGUCAGGCAGUGUUGAAGGGGAAAUGGCCAGGGGUUCGGCGUGCAUAUGAAGGUAGUGCCGUGAAUUCUUUCUACACCACCAAACUCUUGGACAAUGCAGGCACUCUCGCGGAUGACCCCUCAGCCUCCCCUCAGGGUUCAAAGGUGAAGACGCAUGUUGCAGACAGAGAAAAGGAGUUCUCAGUCAAAAUCAAUAAUCAGGAGGGUAGCCUUAAACUGACCUUCCAGAAGCAGGGCCAGCCUCUGAAGCGCCCUCUGGAGGGUGAGGAGGGACCUCUAGCCCAGCAGCAGUACUUAGCCCGGUUACAAGAGCUACAGAACGCAUCUGAUACUAGCCUUGCAGACUACACCAAAACACAGAACAGCUAUCCACAAGGGCUGGCAGGGCAGAUGCAUCUGAAUGGAGUGAUUGAUGGACAGCCUGUGGUGAAGAAGAGGAGAGGAAGGCGAAAGAAUGUGGAAGGGAUGGACCUACUGUUCAUGAACAGAAACAAGCCCCCUAUGAUGCCAGAGCAGUAUCCUGCUGGCUGGAGGGGGGGUGUCGCAGGUACGUCUGCUCCCCCUGGACUGAGCACACCUCAAGGACCUGGUCAGGUACCAGUUACCCAAGAUGCAGAGAUCCGUGUUCCCGUCAUCAGCCUCAAUGAUGGGACGCGACUCGCCGGAGAAGACGCUCCUAAACAGAAAGAUCUUGACCAGUGGCUGAAGGAGCACCCAGGCUUUGUGGCAGAUGUGGGAGCUUUUAUCCCAACUGCAAAUAAACUGCAGUGUCAAAAUAAACCGAAACAGAAGAGACAUCGCUGCAGAAACCCCAACAAAAUUGACAUCAACAGCCUGACUGGAGAAGAGAGAGUACAGAUCAUCAACAGGCGAAAUGCACGCAAGAUUGGUGGUGCAUUUGCUCCACCGCUGAAAGAUUUACGUCGGUUCCUGCAGGAGAAUCCAGAAUAUGGUGUCCCACCUGAGUGGGCAGAUGUUGUUAAACAGUCUGGUUACCUUCCUGAAAGUAUGUUUGACCGCAUCCUGACUGGCCCUAUUAUUCCUGAAGAGGUGAGCCGGCGAGGUCGACGUCCCAAAAAUGCAAUUGUUAAAGCAGCCACAGUGACCAGUGCAAGUGCCAAUGCAGCCCUGGGGCUCAACCAACUAACCAAUGGCCUCCUCACUGGGCUGGAUCUGCCUAGUCUCCAAGCUUUCCAGCACAACCUUCAGAGUCUCCAGUCUCUCCAACUCACCACUGGCCUCAUGGGACUGACUCACGAUCCAAAUAGCAUGGCUGCCAUGUUUCCAAUGAUGCUGCCUGGCAUGACCGGGCUACCAAGCCUUCUAGGGAUGAGCGGUCUCCUUGGAAAACCUUCACAGGAAGUGGCAGGUGUUGCUUCUACAGGUGACGAGGAUGGGAAUAAGAAGAGCAGUAGAGACUCAAUCACACACAAAGUAUCAGCUCAAACUUCAAGUCCCGAUAGCAAGGUGGAAAGGACAGAGGCUCAAAGUUCCAAAGCCACCACCUCUAGUCAAAUAAGUGCUUCUGCUUCAGGCCACCCACUGGCCCUCAACCCCCUCCUCCUCUCUAGUAUGCUGUACCCAGGGAUGCUUCUUACUUCAGGCCUUAACCUGCCUGUGGCCAAUCAGCCGCAAGCUGCAAACACUCAGCCAACCCCACCACCACAACCUGCUGCCUCUGAAGCCACGCCCCAACAGCCUGGCUGUUCAGAGGAGAAAGACAGUGAUGAGGGGGAGGAGCCUGAUGAAAAGAAGGAUAACAGUGGUCCAGAGGGCUCAGCGAAGGCGGAGUCAUCCUCUGAUGAGUCUGACAGCUCCUCUGAGUCAUCAGAGGAUUCUGAUUCCAGCGAAGAAGACUGAGUCUUUAUACAUAUAUAAAUAUUAUAUAUUUAUAUACAUCUCUUAGAAAUGUAUACAUAUAAACACAUAUAGGAAUUAUCCUGCAUUUACUACAUAAUUUUUUUUCAUGUAAAUAUUAUAACUAAAGUGUUGUGUAAGAAAGAGGAGGACAAAUGGAAAACGGAGAUCCUAGAGAAACUGAAAUAAAAUUUCAGUGUUUGUUUAGGUACAAUGUUGUUUUGAAGAGACAUUUUGCAUGUCAAAAAACUUUAGUAGAUCUAUGGACUUUGUGAAAUUGUAUUACACAACGAUAUACAAUUGCAACAGACAGGAAGCAAAAACAAGCAACGGCAUUAUUGUUAUAACUAUGUUGGGAUUUAAUUUUAUUAAAGAAAUGAGGACAUUGUUUGCUCAUGCAGAGCUGUAUAAUUAAUAUAUUUUGUUUGGGAGAAAGAACACCGACUGUUUUUGGUUUUAUUUGUAAAUACUUUUGCAGGAUCCUGAACAAAUAGACUUCAAAGAGCAUACCUACAGAUAUACAGCAAUAACACACAGGCAGCUUAUGAAUGUCACUGAAGCUGUAGAUACCGUGCAUUCACUUUUACAACUACACUUUCAUUCACUCUAUCUUUAUAUUCACUUGUCUGUUUCACUUGUCCCAAUGCUCUCCCCCUUCACAAUACUUUCUCUCUCUCUCUCUUCAAAUAUACUUAUAUUUCUAUUUAAGUUUUCUGAGAAACACAUGAGUGCAGGCACUAAAAUUCCAUCUUGCAAACAUGCAGUCAAAUACACUGUGUAGUCUAUAAGGUAAGGUAUACAGUGAAAACAGACAUUCUUUUGCUAUGUUUUAGGAACCGAGAAACACAUUGCUUGCAAUGCCUGAAAUCUAAAUAGGUGUGAGUAUAUGUUUAGAGCAAACAUUGUCUUUCUAGUUAAGGCAACUUCCUUUACAUCUUUCACACUGUGUGCAUUUGUAUGUUUGAAACAAACAUUUCUAUUAUAGAUCAUACAGCACUGUUUGCUCAUGAACACUGUUGCCUCAAUUUGCAUGCAACUCUGUGUCUAAUGUCCUGUCAUGCUAAUAUGCAAACUCACUCGUGAUUUCACAAACAGCCAUGCAUUUUUUCUCCAUUUUCCCACUGAGUUUCAGUAUUGUUAUUAAUAUUCAUCACACUGCUAUGGUCUCAACAUACUAACACCACUCAAGUUUGUGAUUAGUGUUAGAGUAUUGAAAGGAAUGAAAGUAUUUGCAGUAGUGUUUCAGUUGAAAAGUUGCUACUUUUUCAAUGCAUAAGGAUUUAUAGUAUCCCCAGAAUGAAUUGGAGGGUUGAAAUAUGUGAUUAAUAGUACUUUUGCGAUGAAAGCAAAGACAGGUCAAUAUCCCAAGUUUCUUUAGUUUUAUAAAACUGUCCUAAGUUUGAAUGCAGAUCCACAUAGACACCUUGCUGCUGUUAGAUGUAAAUUACUGAUAUAGAAGUGUCCUUAUGCCAUUCUUCAGUGACUAUCCCUCAUAGCACCACUUUGUGAAAAGUGCAUCACAAUCCAGCACCUCAGCCAACACAGUGAACCUCAUUGGUAUAUUUAAUGCAGGACUUCUACAUGAUUUUCUUUUCUUUCUGUUUUGUGUGGUGAUGCACGCUAGUACACUGUUAGGCCAAUUGUGGCACAAGUUAGAUUUGGUUCCUGAUCGUUUAUGAUACAAGUCUUUUCUGCAGUUAAACUCUUUCCUCUUGUUUGUUCAUAUUCAGGAUGGCUGCUGAAGUUUUCCAUUUGUGAUGCAAAUUUCUUCUGGAUGCACUGCACAAUGCAACUCUGCCUGUCUCACUAGUGAACAAUUAUAUUAAUGGGUCUUUCCAAGCAUGUAUGAUUUAAUUCAUAACGGUUUCACACAGAUGCCAUCUCCUUUCUCACACAAUGUGACUUUGCCUCAUUAGACGAUCUGAAUGCUGUUAUCUCCAAUUGUGGCAUCAGACCUUCAUGUUUCCAGUUAGUUUGUGCUGAGCCACUCACUUUGAAAUGUGUCAAGGUAUUGCUGCUUUCCACUUCUUUCCAAGAAUGCACAUGAAACAUAGAUGUCCUCUUUGACAUCAGCAUCGUUAGCAUCUCAUUUAAUUGAAAAGUGUUUGGAAAAAAUUGCUGGUUUGACUGUGCAUUUAGAAAUGUACGUUGAUUUUGUUUUUUCUAUUUUUGUCGUGUACAUUAAUUCAAUAUUUUGGUUUCAUUUCAUGUGUUGCAUACAGUAUAUGCGGAUUGAAAUGCUGGACUACUGACCAGAAUCGGAUCUAGGCUUGCCAUCGUGGCACAAAGACAAUGGCAUCCACCAUGCAACAGAAAAUGAAAUAGAAAUACACUACAGCAAAUAAACAUUGUUUUCAGUUAUGUGAAUUGACAGGCCGACUAAUUUGUUUCCAUGACUUAUUGCGUUUCAUACUUUCAAUAUUUCAAAAUGAAAGACCCUCUUUUUAGCCUUAGUGUUUUUGGACAGUUGCAAUACUGUGUGGCCUGUGUAGUCAAUUAAUGCUUCUUUUAGUGCAGGAUAAAUGUCUUAAAAGUUUGUAAUUUAUUGAAUUACUUUCUAUGAAUUUCUAUAGAAGAAAUUGAGGUUUAAUUAUUUUUAUUAAACAUAUUCUGAC